AUGGAUCAUCUGGGACCAUUUCCGAGAAACUCCAAAGGACACGAACACAUAUUCGUGAUCGUCGACUCAUUCACGAAAUUUACCAUCAUCCGCGCAGUGAAAAGCACUGCCACCAAAUAUGUUAUACAGACGUUACAAGAAGUAACAAGCUACGUGGGAAUGCCUGGUCGUAUUAUCUCCGACCGAGGAACUGCUUUUACUUCGAAAGUUUUCCAGACAUUUUGUAAAGACAACAACGUGAAACAUGUUCUUAUUGCAGUCCGAACACCACGUGCAAAUGGCCAUGCCGAGCGCACAAACCGCAUCAUCUUGUCUAUGUUGUUACUAUCUACCGAUAACGAAAGACGAUGGGACGACAAGUUACGCCAGGUGCAAUGGAGCAUCAAUACGAUGACCAACAAGACAACUGGAUAUACUCCAUGCCAGCUUCUGUAUGGAUACACACCACGCGACAUAUUGCAAAACCAGCUCAUCCAAACGCUUCAGGAUGAUCAAGCUGACACAUUAACCGACACCGACUUACAACAACUAAGGGCUACAGCCGCUACCCGAAUCGAUGAUGUGAGAGCGCAAGCUAAACGACGAUACGAUGCUCGGCAUGCUAGUCCAAAGAUCUACAAACAAGGUGACCUAGUACUAACAACGAACGAGCCGACAAGUACAGGUACCUCCCGGAAAUUAGAACCCCGUUACAAAGGACCAUUCGUAAUCCGCGAGGUCCUUCCAAACGACCGGUAUGUGAUCGAAGAUUUACCACAUGCCCAGCGAACGCAACGCCAUUACACAUCAGUAUUCGCAUCAGGUCAGCUAAAACUUUGGUGUACAUUACCACCUGAUGAUUUCGACGACGAUGACCCUACGGGCGACACUUCGGGCGGCACUUCGGGCGAGGGCGCUCCGAAAGGUCAGGAAAGCCGACUGUAA